AUGUCAGUUGUUCAUGCUAACAAUACACGAGAAUACCCCUUCAAGUUUGAGCCCUUCCUCAGACAGGAAUACUCAUUUGGCUUAGAUCCAGAUCGUCCAACAUGUCCCGAUUUUGAUUACUCGGUGGGUGUAUCAUCUUGUCCCCGGGGUAAUUUAUGUCCCAUGAAACACAAUUUGGGGAUAUUCCAAAACAAGAUUGUCUGUAAGCAUUGGCUACGAGGGCUAUGUAAGAAGAACGAUCAAUGUGAGUUCUUGCACGAGUAUAAUUUGAGAAAGAUGCCUGAAUGUGUAUUCUUCAGCAAGAACGGGUAUUGUACUCAAGGUGCAGAAUGCCCCUACUUACACAUCGACCCGCAGAGCAAGAUCCCCAACUGUGAGGAUUACGAUCUGGGGUUCUGUCCAUUGGGACAGGAGUGCAAGAGGAAACACAUCAAGAAGACGUUGUGUCAACGGUACAUCAACGGGUUCUGCCCGCUGGGGCCCGAGUGUGAGCAGACGCAUGUGUCGUUCGACGUGAACGUGUUUGGGGUCAUAGAGGACCUGGACCACUACCGGAUCAAGAGGGACGACGAGAUCAACACCAAGAAGAUGGAUGAAGAGAAGGAGAGAAGAUUGAACGCUAUUAUCAAUGGGGAGAUCGACACGUAG